UUCUCAAAAUAUUCGAGAGCUUUUACAAUCUACUAAACUCUGUCUUUCAUUACAACUCAAACUCUUGUCUGAACAAAGAGCUAAACUUUCAACUUUUAUACACAAACUUAUAUAGCAAGGUAGAAUGGGGUUUCCAAUAUGCGUGCAGUGUGGAACAGGAAGCAACCCAUGCCGGUGCAAGGUAGUGGGUCCGACGGUAGGUUUUCUGGCAAUGGCGGCGGCGGCGGUGGUGGAAUGGCCGGUGGGAGCGGUGGUGUACAUAUUCAAGCACGUCAAGGGCAGGCGCAUAAUGGCGCAUCCGGCCACCGUGGUGUAUCCCAAGGUCAACAAAGCGAUUCCUAUUUAGCUCAUCCCACCGCUCCAUAUUACUAUGCUUUGAGUCUCGCUUUGUUAUAAGUUAUAUAGCUAUUACAAUUGUUCUCAUGUCUAACAAGAUUUAUGGCUAUAUAUAUGCUUGUCUUUAAAUAAUGCCUUCCUUUCUAGUACUCUUCUUCUUGUAACUUUGUGCUUUAGUUUGUCACACUUGCAUCUGUGUAAUGCUACAUGUAUUUCAAUAAAAUUGCCCUUAUACCUGUAAUAA